CUGCUAGCAACACUGUGGGUUUGAGCUACAUCUUUAGGAUAAAUUGUCACGAUGUCCGCUGUUAAAAUUCACAGGAGACCUUUUAGGUGAUGUUUGUAGUAGAAAUGGGUCCACUUCAUGUUGAGAAGUGUCCUAAAAUGGCUUUGCUUUAAUCCACGUGGAUUUCGCGUGUCUGCCUGCCUUUCUGUACAUGUACACACAUUUGCAACCAUUUCUUAUAGCUUAUAUUCGAUACCCUCGAGUUAGCGGUCGCUUGGCUACUUUUUAUAUUGGCCCCAUGAGAAGUAGCGAGGACACGGAGCAGCAGGUCAGGGAGUCAGAGGUCGACAUGAACCCGCCUAAGCGGCUACGCACCACGGAAACACUGACAGGAGGCAAAGAGCGGGAGGUGGAGAAGAGCACUGUGGAUGUGAGUAUUGUCAUGCCAGUGUAUAAUGCAUCAUGCUGGCUGGAUGAAUGUCUGCAGGCCAUAUUGGUCCAAGAUUUCACUGGAUCCAUGGAGCUGUCGGUGUUUGAUGACGCAAGCACCGAUGACUCGAAAAAAGUGGUGGAAGGUUGGAGGGAGAGGCUAGAGGCAAAGGGCAUCUCAGUGGUGAUCUCUGGUCACAACUCUGAACAACCUAAAGGAGUGGGAUAUGCAAAGAAUAAGGCCAUAUGUCAGAGUCGUGGGCAAUACUUGUGCUUUCAGGAUGCGGAUGACAUUAUGUUGCCCCAAAGAAUUCGUCUGCAGUAUGACGCGUCCGUCUUGCACAAAAACUCUCUGAUUGGCUGCAGAGUCCAGCGGGUACCAGAAGGAUCUACAGAGCGUUACACUCGCUGGAUCAACACACUCAGUCAGGACCAGCUCAUCACACAGGUGUACACCUCCCAUGGGCCCAGUGUUGUCAUGCCAACAUGGUUCUGCUCACGGGAAUGGUAUCAGAAAGUUGGGCCGUUUGAUGAGGGAGGCAAGGGAGUCCCAGAGGAUCUUCUCUUUUUUUACCAGAGUCUUCGUCAUGGUGGGGGUCUGUUCCGGGUUGACCAGUGCCUGCUGGUAUAUCGUUAUCAUGAGAAAGCAGCCACUCACUCCGUAACUGAAGAGACUAUUUGGAAGCUGCGAGUAGACUUCCUGCAGGAGAGAGUUCUCAGCCAAUGGGAGAGCUUCACCAUAUGGAACGCUGGUAAACAAGGCCGAAAGCUGUACCGAUCGCUUAGCCCAGCCAAUCAGAAGAAAGUCAAGGCUUUCUGUGAUGUGGAUGAGAACAAGAUCCAGAAAGGCUUCUAUACAUACGAGGAGUCCGAGGAAAGGCCUAAGCCAAAGAUUCAAGUUCUGCAUUACAAAAACGCCUCCGCUCCUUUCAUCAUCUGUGUCAAACUGGACAUGACUGGAGGCAACCUGGAGGAAAAUCUAAAUUCUUUGCAGCUGAAGGAAGGAAUAGAUUAUUACCACUUCAACUGACUGUUCAGGGAGAUGGGGAAGACUGGAGGAGGCUUGCAGGUUAACAGGCAGUGGAAUGUAGUUUCACUUUGAUAUAUCGGCUAAUAAAGUCACAACAGGAUAUCCCA